AUUGAAAAAGAAACUCGUGGAUCUAAAACCAACUCCCUUCCUCUUUAUAUCCUCUCUCUCUCUCAAAGAUUCCUUUCCUCUUCUUCUUCCUCCCUCCAUGCGUUAUCUCCUCUCGAAGAUCUGAAGAUUCCUCCUCCUCAUUCAAUGGCCGUUAUCCACCGUUCAUCGGAUCCCCUCUCUCGGAUCCACCCGGAACCGCUAGACCAAACCGACUUCUUCGACCACCUCCCGGACCCCCUCCUCCUCCUCGUCUUCAACCGCAUCGGCGACGUCAAAGCCCUCGGCCGAUGCGGCGUCGUUUCCAAGAGAUUCCACUCCCUCGUUCCCCAAGUCGAAAACGUCGUCGUCCGCGUCGACUGCGUCAUCUCCGACGACGACGACGAUUCCUCCUCCUCUCUCUCCUCCGACAAGCCUCCUCGCUCCUCCGCCGCCUCUCCCUUCUCCGCCAUCUUCCGCCUCAUCUUCAAGCCCUUACACGCUCUGACGCAGCUCCUCUCCACCACGAAACGCUCGUCGUCGUCGGCGUCGUCUCCUUCCUCUUCGCUGUCUAUCACCGGAGGAGAAGACGGAGAGAUCGAGCACGGCGGCGUGACUCACCACUCCCCCACGCAGGUCCUCAAAAACUUCAACGAGAUUCGUCUCCUCCGCAUCGAGCUCCCCGCCGGCGAGUUGGGGAUAGACGACGGCGUUUUGCUGAAAUGGCGGGCGGAGUUCGGGUCGACUCUCGAGAAUUGCGUCAUCCUCGGGGCUUCCUCCGUCGCGGCGGCCACGGAGCCGCCUUCCGGCGAGACCACCGCGGCGGCGGUGGCGGAAGACAACGGGAGCAUACCGGAGUCGUUCUACACAGACGGAGGUCUUAAGCUUCGUGUCGUGUGGACGAUCAGCUCCUUGAUCGCCGCGUCCGCGAGGCACUACUUGCUUCAGCCGAUCAUCGCGGAGCACAAGACGCUCGAUAGCUUGGUGUUGACGGAUACCGAUGGGCAAGGAGUGCUUUGUAUGAACAGAGAUCAGUUAGAGGAGUUGAGGGUGAAACCCUUGUCUGCUUCUUCGGCUUCUAAGAGGACCCUUGUGCCGGCUUUGAACAUGAGGCUUUGGUAUGCUCCUACUUUGGAGUUGCCAGAUGGGACUGUGUUGAAGGGUGCGACUUUGGUGGCGAUUAGACCUAGUGACUCCAAGAAGGAGGUGUGUGAUGUCUCUUGGGUUUCCUCUGCUUUCGAUGGGGUUUAUGGGAUGGCUGCUAAGAUGCUGGUUAAGAGAAGGACUUACUGUCUUGAAAUGAACUCUUUCUAAGGUCCAAGAGGUCUUGAGGUGGAUCCUGAAGGCUGACCAGGUUUUGAAUAGAGACUACAGUGCAUAAGAUCAGUUUUGUCAUUCUCAGAUUCACCACCAUUGGGGCUAUAGAAUUAAUGACUCAAUGCUAUCUGUUCUUGGUGAAGAAGAUCUCUGAUCUACUCAGCUUCUAGUUCCGGCUGCUCAGACACCAGAAACCGCAUCAGCUGGCUGCUCUUUUUUUAUUUUCAGCUCGCAUAGCAAUCGUGCAAGAGCAAGUUUCUAUCUUACAAAAAUCUUCCUCUGUGCAUCUUUCUUUGAUUAUUAUGUUAAUAUUAUUUGUAGGUAAGUAAUACAGUUUGAUUUUCCCUUGUCUUUAUAUGUUUCUCCCAAGUUGUUAAAUAAAAUAAAAUUGAGAGCAAUUGCAAGUA